CUGCGUAACUCUCUGAUUAAAAUUUGAUAUAUGCAUAGGGAAAGUUUGGAAAUACGACCAGGCAGUCGGAGUGACGUCAUUCCUAAGCUUUAUAUGGAGGCACAAAGUUUAUCCGCGAGAUAUUUCGCGGGAUUCCGCCGGGUCGUCUGAGUUGGAGCGAAAGUGACAGUGGAGUAAUGCAAUAGCUAACGCUUUCGUUUCACUGUCAGUCGUUUGAUAGAUCAUGCCACCAGUAGAGAACGAAGCGAGUCGCAGUCGGAUUAAAGCCCGAAUACAGGAACUUAUAGACUCGAAUCUUGUUGUAGUCUUCAGUAAGAGCUACUGUCCCUACUGUAACAAGGUGAAAGAGCUCUUUAAAGAACUGAAUGUGAAGUGUAAUGCCAUAGAACUGGAUUUGAUGGAUGAUGGCUCCAGCUACCAGGAUGUGCUGCAUGCGAUGACUGGGCAGAAGACUGUCCCCAGCGUUUUCAUCAACAAGACCCACAUUGGAGGCUGCGACAAGACUGUACAGGCACAUAAAGAUGGCCACCUCCAGCAGCUGCUGGCCGCGGAAAGCGAGUCGUAUGAUUAUGACCUCAUCGUGAUAGGAGGUGGCUCUGGAGGCCUGGCCUGCUCAAAGGAAUCCGCAUCCUUGGGGAAGAAGGUCAUGGUUCUGGAUUAUGUCGUCCCUACACCUAAGGGCACUUCCUGGGGUCUGGGUGGCACCUGCGUGAAUGUGGGCUGCAUUCCUAAGAAGCUGAUGCACCAGACCGCCCUGCUGCGCACUGCACUUCAGGACGCCCGCAGCCUUGGCUGGGAGUUCAGUGAGCAAGUGAGUCAUAACUGGGAGACCAUGAAGACUGCAGUGAAUAAUUACAUCGGCUCUCUGAACUGGGGCUAUCGAGUCUCUCUGCGAAACAAGAAUGUCAACUACGUCAAUGCUUACGCUGAGUUUGUGGAACCACACAAAAUCAAGGCCACAAACAAGAGAGGCAAGGAGACGUUCUACACGGCGGCCAGGUUUGUGCUGGCCACAGGAGAGCGGCCGCGCUACCUGGGCAUCCCCGGAGACAAAGAGUACUGCAUCACCAGUGAUGACCUGUUCUCCUUACCCUACUGUCCUGGUAAGACACUAGUGGUUGGAGCGUCAUACGUUUCCCUGGAGUGUGGUGGGUUCCUGGCUGGCCUGGGCCUGGAUGUGACCAUUAUGGUACGCUCGAUUCUGUUGCGAGGCUUUGACCAGGAAAUGGCCGACCGUGCAGGGGACUAUAUGGAGACACAUGGGGUCAAAUUCCUCAGGAAAUUUGUACCUGUUAAGGUGGAGGAGCUUGAGCCAGGCACUCCUGGCAGAUUGAAAGUGACUGCCAAAUCCACAGAGACUGGUGAGAUUAUUGAAGGAGAAUACAACACAGUAUUGAUAGCAGUUGGUCGUGAUGCCUGCACUGAAAAGAUUGGUCUUGAUAAAGCUGGAGUGAAGGUUAACCCAAAGAAUGGGAAGAUCCCGGUGAACGACGAGGAACAGACCAACGUUCCCCACAUCUACGCCAUCGGUGACAUCCUGGAGGGCAAGUGGGAGCUCACGCCUGUGGCUAUUCAGGCUGGCAGGCUGCUGGCACGGAGGCUAUACAGCGGCUCCGCCACCAAGUGUGACUAUGUUAAUGUUCCUACCACGGUGUUCACUCCUCUGGAGUACGGAAGCUGUGGCCUCCCUGAGGAGAAGGCUGUAGAGCUAUAUGGACAAGAAAAUCUAGAGGUUUAUCACAGCCUCUUUUGGCCUCUGGAGUUUACUGUGCCCAACAGGGACAACAACAGGAGCUAUGCCAAGAUCAUCUGCCACAAGUUAGACAAUGAACGUGUGAUUGGGUUCCACUAUCUGGGCCCUAAUGCUGGGGAGGUGACUCAGGGCUUCGGUGCUGCCAUGAAAUGUGGAAUCACUAAGGAACAGCUGGACACAACCAUUGGCAUACAUCCUACCUGCGCUGAGAUUUUCACAACCAUGGAGGUGACCAAGAGUUCUGGUGGCGACAUCACGCAGGCAGGCUGCUGAGGUUAAGCCCUGCUAGUUUAACAGGCUGUCCUAACAACCACAUAAGCUGCUUCGUGCUGGUUUAUGCAGGUUAUACUGAUCCUGUCCAUCCUUGGACCAGUUCCUCAACGCUCUCCUCCCCCCCAACCAGCUAAUGCAGUCUAGAGCUCAGAAACGACAAAAUGACAGAAUUGGACAAAAGCUUUUUGAGUGCGCUGGAGAGUCCAUUUAAUAGAGGGCAGUCAGCAUUCAUUUGGGCAGGGGGAAGCUUAUGUCUGAUUUAACUACCCAAUCCCACUCUAAGCUCUUAAGCUCUGUUUUGGAGCAUGUGGGUCAGAUGACUGGGUUCGGUUGUCUUUGGCCCUGCUAGAGGAGAGCUAGAGAUGCUGAAGUAUUUGAGGACAGCCUGUUGAACAGCGGGGUUACUCUGCUGCUCCGAACCCUCCGAGUCUGAGUCGCAAAUGCACGGGAGCAGACGUGUGCUUUUGACACACACGAGUAAGCUUGUGGUGCUAUGUGACGUUUUAGCUCUUAACCCAAACACUGAGGUGGGCUAGAACUGAUGAUCUGUGCUUAGACUUGAGAGGUGAAAAGAAUAUUUCAUAUAUACAUACACACACACACACACACACACACACACACACACACACACACACACACAACUGACAUGCUCAUUUAUAGGCUCACAGCCAGGGCCUACCGGUUUCCCAAAAAUACUGUAGUGUUGGGAUCAUCCUCAGCCAUGGCCUGAACUCUACUACACUCUUGAUGAUUCCCUUUUAAAGUUGCUUCACAGUUAUGACUCAGUCUAGAUGUGUAUAAAACAUCCUUUGUUUGCUUUUGCAACAUUAGCGUCUACACUACUGCAUUUUUGGGAACUGGGCCCUUUUUUAUUUAAUGAUAAAAGUCUAUUUUUGUCUGGGUGUGCAUUGUUUGUCUUCAUUUGGUAUUGUCUCAAUACAUGCAUUCCAGCCUUAGAUUAUUUACAGGUUGAAUAUUGGACUGAACAACCUCAGUGUCGAACAUUUAAUCUUAGUCUUCUCACUUCUUACCAAAGCUCAAACCAAAAGUUGCAUGUAGAUACGCAUUUGUACAAAUAAGUCUCCAAUACAUAUAAAAAAGGAUGUAUGUUCAGUUAUCUUUGGUUGGUAAUGCUUACCAAUGUACUUAAAUGUCCACAUUUUGCAUAACCUGAUUGUUGCUAUUUAAAACAAAAUAGUAAAACUAUUUAAAGUGAUUGUGUGUAUGUGAACUUGCAGCUUUUUUCUGGACUAUGUAUGUAUCCCUCUGGUAGCUAUAGGACUCAUUAAAUCUAAAAGUGCUGAUGUGCUGUCACUUCGCAGCAAUACCUGGCAAGUGAAAAAGCCAGUCUUUCUAUAAUUACAUUGUUUUCUGAGUAAUUAACUUUAUUAAAGGUAUAUGCACCA